AUAAAAACUCACCACCGCCAUUGAAAAUACAACAAGACUCUUCGUCUAUCAAAACCCACAAACAGUCUGAAUCUCUUCGACUUUGAGUUCAAAUGGCGUCUGAACAACUGACUGAAUACGAGCGAAAACGACUUCAAAACAUUAAACGAAAUGACGAGGUCUUGGCUUCUCUUAAGAUACUCUCGAAGGCCUCCGACCUCUCUGCUGCGGUAAAGCGGCAAAAAAUUGAGACAAAGUCAUAUAAAAUCAGUCCGCAGAAGAAGCUCAAAUCUGAGACUCCAGUUGUGAUCAGGCGAUCUCUAAGAACUCGAGGGAUGCCUCCAGAUUGUAACGGUUUAAGUGAUGAUUUUGUUGAUUCUGAUAAAAAAACUACUAUGUCUUUCAGUUUGCAGGUGUCUUCUUCUCCUGAUAAGAAUGGUUCUCUUAGUUUCAAAGAUGCUUAUACUGAUAGAAGUUGGUCUGAUUCUGAUAGACCACUUAUUGAUGCCAUUUUGAGUGUUGCUAAGAAACACAGUGGUGGUUCAAUUGAUGAGAAAUCUGAUAGUAUUUUGGAUAUUGAAAUGAAACCCCCAGUGCCUGAUUCAAUUAAACCAGAAUGUGAUGAGAACUUUGGUGAAAUUUUUUAUUCAGGUUCUUUAGUUAAAGAUUUCGAUCGGUAUAAGGCUUGUGAAGAUCAGGAUUUAAAUAGGAAGCAUGGCACUUGUUCUUCUGAUGUAAUAAAGAGUGUGGUUAAGAAAGAGAAUAUUGAACUUGGGAAUAAUGUUGAUUUGGGAUCAUUGACUUUGAAGCCAAACAAUAUAGCACGACUUAUGCCAGGCAAGAUACUGGUAGUGAAAUUUUUUCCUUCUAAUGACAUGAGGAUGGUUAUGGCUGGGAACAAGUAUGGGAAUAUAGGAUUUUGGAAUUUAAAUCCUAUUCAAGAAGAAGAAGAUGGGACAUAUUUGUACCACCCUCAUUCCAGUCCUAUAUCAGGAAUUGUAGCUCAGCAAUCUUGCCUCUCUAAGAUCUUUACCAGCUGUUAUGAUGGUUUCAUCCAGUUGAUGGAUGUUGAAAAGGAGGUAUUUGAUUUGAUUCACUCCAGUGAGUACUGCAUAUAUUCUCUUUCUCAACAACCAAACAACGCAAACACCUUAUAUUUCAGUGAAGGUCAAGGGGGAUUGAAUAUAUGGGAUGUUAGAACUAAAAAAUCCUUAACUGAAUGUCAUCUUCAUGAAGCUAGGAUCAACACGAUUGAUUUUAACUCACAAAACCAUAGCAUCAUGGCAACUAGUUCAUCAGAUGGGACUGCCUGUCUUUGGGACUUGAGAAGUAUGAAUUCACACAAACCCAAUCCUUUGAAGAUAGCAAGUCAUAAGAAGGCUGUGCAUGCCGCAUACUUCUCACCCUCUGGGAGCUCCCUUGCAACAACAAGUUCUGAUGAUACGGUUGGAAUAUGGACUGGAGUCAACUUUGAGGAAGGUUCCAUGAUACACCACAAUAAUCAGACAGGCAGAUGGAUAUCAUCUUUCAGAGCAGUAUGGGGCUGGGACGAUUCACACGUCUUCACCGGCAAUAUGAAAAGAGGAGUUGAUGUAAUAUCUCCAGCUCAAAGAAGAACAAUAAUGAGUUUACAGAGCCCACAUAUGAGUGCAAUUCCUUGCAGAUUUCAUGCACACCCUUAUGAACUGGGGAUGCUGGCAGGAGCCACAGGUGGAGGCCAGGUUUAUGUGUGGACAUCAAGCCAGGAAUCUGCAGAAGAGUAAUUUUAAUUGUUACUAAAUGACAUACAACUGUUUUUGUUAAGCCAUUAUACUUGCAGUUUUGAAACUGCUCUUUUGAGGGGAAGUAUAAUAUUAGUUUCAUGUAAUCUGUAAAUUUGAGAUCUGAUUAAUUGCAAUGGAAAUCAAAAUUUGUCCCCAGAAAGUAUGUAAUCUUAAAACUGAGCAGAGCAAUUUGGGAUCGGGAUUAUUCUUCCAUGCAGUGCGGUUGGUUCAGGUGGGACUACAUGUUCAUUAAAAGAAAGCACAGCCUGUGCCAUCAAUUUCCCAAGCCAGCGGGUAUCACAGGUCCAAGUUUUGCCUUCAGUGCAAACCAGAAGUGGAACUGAUCAAUGAGUCCUAAGUGCAGGGGCAAGGCAUUUCAAAGGAAAUCGUUUGAAUAACGCGCGAGCACGAGAAUUAGUGGGAUUCCAUUACAAUGUUGUUCCAUUUUAAUUUAUUUGUAAUAAACAUUAGUGAUAUACUGUCGUUUUAUUUGGAUUGGAAAUUGGCUA